AUGAUUACUCGAAAUGCUCUCGCUAUAUUGCUCUGCAUCUCAGUGUUGACGAUGCCGUCCGUCACUUCCUUCAGUCCAACAAAAAUCAACAGCCUUCAGCUUCAGAUUUUUAAGGAAUCGUCAUCUUCGCCUCAGAGUUCACCAAGCCCUUCAGCAGCAACGCAUUAUGCGAGUGCCUAUGAUCAAGAUGAAGGUUUUCGAGCGGAGAAGGAAAGUAAUGCUGAAGAUGCCGAGGAGGUCAGCCGUGAAAAGAAGAAAAUGGUAUUUCAGAUCAUGCUGCUGUCAGUUGGUACCUUUUUCACAUACAGUAUCUUUGCGGUUGCGCUGAAUGCUCUAUCUUUUCUUUCUGGAGCAUUUGAUAUUGGAAACAUUGCCAACUUUGGGGGAACCGUGGCCGGAGCUACCUGGAAUGGAUUGAAAGUUGCCGCUCCAGCGGUUGGAAAGGGAGUCAUGUCUGCCGGUCAAGCAGCUGCACCCUAUUUUCAAGAGGCCUCGCACAAGGUAUCUGAAGCUGCCACUCCUUAUGUCCAGGAAGCUGUCCAAAGGGUAUCUGAAGCUGCUUCUCCUGUAGUCGAACAAGCAGCACAAGCAAUGAACGAAGCAGCGUCUCCCUAUGUGAGCGCUGUUGAUUCUACCAUCAACAGCGCUGCUUCUGCUGUCACUUCGACAUUAGACGCAAAGCUUGUAGCUCCAAUUAAGGAUGCAUCGGAUUCGGUUGUCUCUUCGAUAGACUCCACUGUCAAGGCAACCACCGAUUCUGUCGUGGCAGCUGUAGAUUCGAGCAUCAAGGAGGCUGCUGGAAGUAUCACUUCGACGUUGGAUGCCAAGCUUGUAGCUCCUAUUCAUAUUGCUACCGAUUCUGCUGUCGCUUCUUUAGACUCUACUGUCAAGACAACCACCGAUUCUGUGGCGAUAGCUGUGGAUUCGAGUAUCAAGGGAGCUGCUGGAAGCGUCUCAACGACUUUGAAAGGAGUGACAGAUGAUGCGAUGGAAUCCAUUAAAAAAGCUUCUCCAUUUUGA